ACGCGUCGUAAAACAUUGCCUGGGAAAAGAAGUACUAAGAAACAAAGAACCCGCGGACCAGUGGAAAUCAAAGACAAGGAGAUGUCUAAUGAAGAGACGGACAAGGACGUGGAUGUGGAGCCUGUAUUAUUGCCUGAGACAUCUGAUGAGGAAAAAAAUACAGAAGAUGUAAUGUCAAAGGACCAGCCAUCCUCAAGCAGAGAUGCUGAACUUUUGUUCAUGACUCAGAAAAUAAAGGCACUUGAAGAGGAAAGAGAUUUUCUAAGGCAAACUGUGAAAACACUUUCUGAUAAAAGGGUCUCCAGAGAAGAGGUAUGUCUGGAAGACAUAGGGUCAGAAUCUGCAGAUAGUGAUGACACACCACCUUCCUCCUCUACCUCAUCUUCAUCUGAUGAUGGACAUCCACGAAAAAGGAAGCAUGGCAAAAAGAAGAAAGAAAAGCUGGUUUUUAGAGAAAAGCGACUCCAAGUCCAGUCAGGAACACGUGCAAGAACUCCCGAGGAUGUCCUGAAACGGUACAAGAUGACUCUUAAAGCCUUCAAGAAGGAGGGGAGUAUGAAUAGGGCCUUCAAGAAAGUUGGUGUCGACAGAAACACUUUGGCAUUAACUGCUGUUGUAGCAGAACUACAGAUGGUGGAUCCAGAUUUUUUCAAAUCUAUCCCUAAAUUUUCACCUAGUGAGAAGCUGAUUGAUUUCAGUUGAAGGUGCCAGGAAGCACUUACAGCAGAUGUCCGGUCUGCCGUAAAUGCACAAAAGAGUGCAGGUUUGUUGCUCC